AUGAAGGAUGUGGUAUGUGGAACCUUAAGGAGAUGGAGGAAGGAGAGAAGAGAAGGGAAGAGGAAGAAGAAGAAGAAGAAGAAGAAGAAGAAGAAGAAGAAGAAGAAGAAGAAGAAAAGAAGAAGAAGAAGAGCAAGAGUUGUUCCGAUCGGUGAUGAAUGUAUCGCGGGAGGGAUCAUCAGCCAGACAAGAAAUCGCCCCAACGACACACCUACGCCGAUACUGCCCCGCCGCAUUUCGUCUAUCGAGUCUCGAGCAGCUGGCAGGCAUCUUCAGCAGCAUCACCAGCAGCAGCAGCAGAAGCAGCAGAAGCAACGGUCUCCUCCCCGUCUUUGCUUGCUGCGAUCCGCCUUCUCUCUAUUACGGAGUUGA